GGACACCCUGUAUGAUACGUGGGACACCCUGUUAUAGUUCCUGAAACUUUAGGCUAAAGCUAGUUAACAGUCGAUUUGGUGUACAUUUUUCGACCUACGUAAAUCUGCUAUACUCCACUUCUGACCUACGCUAAAUUCGCUAUAUAUACACAUCCGACCUAGUAUCACGUGGUUUUACAGCUGCAAAAUGGACUUGUGGCCGCAGUUCCCGGUCUUCCCGGCCCACUAUACCUGUCCUAGCCAUCAGCCACCUAUACUAACCCUCAAAUAAUAGAAAAAUAAACAGCUGGAGUAGGUCCGAUAUUGCAGUAGGUAGGAAAGCUAGUAGGUCGGAAGUUCAAUAGGGGGGAUGUUGCGUACAGACGAUGUAUCAUUACCGAACAAAGACGACAGCGGAGAGGAGGAUGAAAAGAAAAGACAUGAAAAAGACCAGACUGAGAAAUAAUAAAAAUAUGUGAUGUGUUAAUGAACGUAAACGUUUUCAAAAAUCUCUCUCCCUCCACCUUCCCUCAUUCGCUUCUCUUUAACAUACCCUCCCCGAGUCGUCUUCGAUUUUUUGUCAAAAACAGAAUGCCGCAAUUACGAUUUAAUUCUAUUUCCACAUGGCCUUCGUUCAGCACGGUAAACAAUGUGCUCGAAAUUUUAAAUCGAAAACUGCUGGAAACCGUUGGAUUUAAAGGAAAAUCUUGUGAAAUUGUUAGUUUUGUUAACGUUAUAUAAUCAUGGCUCCUGAAAAGGAAACCAAAAACAAUGGGAAAGGAGCUAAAGGGAAAAAUUCUAAAAGGAAGCGGCCGAUUACCAGUGAUGCUGUGAUGAAGAAAAAGAAAGCCGAAGAAAAGGUGCCAGAAUUAGAUGAAGUGGAAGGAUCUGAAUCUGAUUCUGAACCUGAGCCUAGUAGUUUGGAGAAGGGGGAUGCAGCGAUGGAAUGGAUCAUUUCUCCGACAUCUCUGCAGGAUUUUUAUAAAACAUACUGGGAGAAGAAACCGCUUCACAUCAAGAGAACGGAACGCAAUUAUUUCAAAGAUGUUUUCUCCACUAAAGGAUUAGAAAAGAUCCUGCGUGAACAACGUGUUCUUUACGGGAAACAUAUGGAUAUAACAUCGUAUGAUGGAGAGAGAGAAACUCAUAACCCUGCAGGUCGUGUGUAUCCUGCAGUAAUGUGGGAUUAUUUCAACAACGGUGCUAGUAUACGGAUGAUAAAUCCUCAGUAUUUCAGCAAUUCAGUCUGGCGGCUCUGCGCUACAUUGCAGGAGCACUUCCAAUGUAUGGUUGGGGCUAAUGUCUAUCUGACCCCCCCUGGUACCCAGGGGUUUGCCCCACACUGGGACGAUGUUGAGGUGUUCAUGAUGCAGCUUGAAGGAAAGAAACACUGGAGACUAUAUGACCCAGAUCAUAAGUUGCCAAGAUAUUCCAGUAAAAAUCUAAACCAGGAAGAUCUAAAGGAACCUAUUCUUGAAGUAGAAAUGGAACCUGGAGAUCUCAUCUACAUGCCAAGAGGAACAAUACAUCAGGGUCAUUGUUUGGAGGGAGAGCACAGUUUGCAUAUAACACUAUCAGCGUAUCAGCUUAACAGCUGGACUGAUUUAUUAGAAAAACUGCUUCCAGCUGCUCUAGCGGUAGCAUCACAGGAAGAUGUUGAGUUUAGACAGGGACUGCCGCGUAACUAUUUGAGUUGUCUUGGAGCAGUUCACAGUGAGAACACGUCCCAGGAGAGAAUUGACUUCAUCGGCAAGUUGAAAGGGUUGAUGGGGAAGCUGUUCAAGCACGCUCCUGUAGAUGCUGCUGUGGAUCAACUGGGGAAGCGACUUAUGUACGACGCACUUCCGCCAGCAUUAGAGUUAGGGGAGAAAUGUUGCACUGUAAACGGAGAUGGGGAGAAAUGGAACUCGAAGAAAAACUGCGUUGUCAACAGGGUUGAGAUAGACCCAGAUACUGGUGUACGGUUAGUUCGUAGUACAGCCUGCAGGAUGGUUCAGGAGGAGGACGGUAUUAAGGUGUACUACAGCACUGAGAAUACACGUGAGUAUCAUGAGGCUGAGGAGCAGUGGUUAGAGGUGGAUUCAGAUCUUGCUCCGGCUAUUGAUCAUCUUAUUACAUCAUAUCCUGCCUGGACAAAGGUUGAAGACCUGCCUGUAGAGGACCUGGAGUCCAGGAUGCAGGUGGUGGGAGAUCUCUGGGAGAAAGGAAUCCUCAUAACCUCCGAACCUUUGGAGGCCAAAUACGACGACCCUUAAUCCUCCCAGAAGCAUUCGAUGAAUAUCUGUUCAAACCAUUAAAUAACUAUUCAAAAUAUUUAGAACUCGAGCCACAAGUCUACAGAUUUCUACGGCAUAAAAUUGAAAUGUUAGUGAUAAAUUUAUGAAGUGUUGUAUUUAUUUCAGAA